AUGUGGCAUUAUUUUUGUUUGAAACCUUUUCAAACUACUGUGGAGAAAACAAAUUAUCAAGACAAUGGAAAAUAUUGCUUAAUUAAAAAUUCCAUCGUAUUUUGUGGUUUAAAUUACUGCAGAGCAUUUUGCAAAAGAUUAAAUGAUUUCUUUUUUCCGCAACAACUAAAAGCUGUUAUAAAAUUAACCAAGUUUAUACUGUUGAGAGACAAAUGGCUCAUUUCAAUUAAUUAUAGAACUCAUGUCUCCCAAGCGAGUUAUCAUGCGGUACUUUGCAAAUAUCAUAGAGAUAUGAUAUGGGAAAAAAUAAUCUGCGAAGAUGAAAAACUUUCGCAACGUUACGAAACAAUGGCACAAAAAAAAUGCAAUGAAUCAUUUCGACGUCGAAAGCAAGAAAAAGCGGGGGUGGUGAUAUAA